AUGGUAAUAUCAUAUCAAUACAAAUUAUUAGCAUCUGCAUUUGAAGUUUUGGAGUACAGAAUGGACAAUAAAGAUGAUAGCAUUCUAAGUGAUGAGAAACUUCUGGAGACAUUUAUAUCAAUUGUUUCAGAUAGUCAAAUAAUUCACAAGAAAUUAAAAAUGCUUUAUGAUAUUAUACGUCCAAUCGGUUUGAUUCAGUUGAUGGCAGAUGCUUUAGGAAUGAUAUGCAUGCCUUAUUUAAUUGUAGUGUACUUCGUGAAAUACGGAUCGUUAUUUAAUCCAGAAACGUUAAAAUUCGUGUUUACGUUGGGUAUUGCUGGAGUGCAGUCAUACAUGUAUUGUAGUUUAUUUCAACGCGUCAAUGACAGAAGAGAUGGAGUCAAUUUUGGAUUAUAUUGCUGUGACUGGCCAGGAAUGAACAUCCAUAUGAAAAAGAUGAUUCUAUUCACAAUGCAAAUGAACAGUUCAAAUAAAUUAAAUAUGAAUAUUACCACACAUAAAGCUAUUAAUCUCCCAUUGCUUUCAACAAUUAUACGAUUGUCUUAUCGUAUAUCGUCCGUAUUGAUUAAUUCCAAUAUUAACUAAUAAUAAUCAGUAGCACUGUAUAUUUAAAAAAACAAAAGGUAAUUUUUGCGGCUCUGGACAUCCAUAAAAUAUGGAAAUAUGUAACAUUUUAGUUCAAAAUAUCUUAAUACUUUAGCUAAGAAAAACAGUGAUAUAUUUUUAUACGUUGUAAAUAAACUAACUAUUGCCUCUAAUAUUAUAGUUUUACAUUCCUAGUUAAAUAUUGUAUUGAACUUUAUGACAGAAUAAGACUUAAGACAAAUUAUUGAAAUAUAUGGGUGCCAUUAGGUUA